GGCAGCAGGGGGAGGACAGGGGGAGGAGUGGAGGUGAGGACAGAUCACUUUGGGAUAAAAGUUGCAGCAGCAGCAGACAUGAAGUCUUCUGACAAGUCAGUUGGACAGUUUAGAGAGUUUCUCCACUGACUGUAAUCUACAACCAAACCUGACUGCAGCAGAUGAAAAGUCUUAAACUUCUGAACAGCAGAUGAAAGAAAGCUCAGCGUGCAGCGGAUGAGAAUCUGUGGAGGAUUUCCCGACAGGUGCACCUGCUAAAUGAAGAGCAGGACGUAAAUUUCUGCUGGACAGAUUUCUAACUGAAGAUCGACCGCGGUGAACUGAACUACAGCUGCAAAAUGACAGCUGCUACAAGGCUUCUGGAUGAGAUGUGCCACCUGACGGCUCAGUCUCUGACAGCAAUGGACACAUCAGAGCACUUCAAGGUCCUGAAGCUUCUGGGUGAAGGCUCGUAUGGAAAAGUCAUGCUGGCUGUACACAGGAAGAGAGAUACUCCAAUGGCUCUGAAGUUCUUCCCUCGAGCGUCCACCUCUCUUUUCUCCUUCCUGAGGGAGUAUAACCUCUCUCUGUCGUUCUGCACACAUCCAUCUCUCACCAGAGCUCUGGGAAUCGCCUACUCCACACCUGCACACUACGUCUUCGCUCAGCAAGCGAGUCUCUUUGGUGACCUCUACGACGUCAUCUUGCCCGAGGUCGGGAUGGAGGAGGACUGUUGUCAGCGGGUGGUGUCCCAGCUCUGUGGUGCACUGUCCCACCUGCACUCACUUGGUUUUGUCCACAGAGACCUCAAACCAGAGAACGUCUUCCUGUGUGACUCUGCCUGCCGCUGGGUCAAACUGGGAGAUUUCGGCAUGGUGAAGGCCGGGGGUACCAGGGUCCCAGAGGUCUGGUAUAGCUCUCCGUAUUGUACCCCUGAGGCUGAAAUUGCUCGUGGAAAUGAGGACAGCUGGAGAAGCAUGAAUGACGGGAGUGAUGGUGUGAAGGAGGAUGAAGAGAAGAAGAAGAAGACAAGAGUUUGGGUGUCAGUGGAGCCCAGCACAGACAGCUGGGCGCUGGGGAUCCUAACCUAUGCCAUGCUCACUGGCAGUCAUCCCUGGGCUGAAACGGCCAGCGACUGCCGCUCAUACCUGAAAUAUCGGGAAUGGUUUGACAGAGCGAAAGGCCCAGUAGAUGAACUGGACGUGUGGGCAGAGCCACAAACAGAGAGCACACAGGAUGCCAUUGAUUUAGAUGGUUCAAAUUUGGAAAGAAAGACCUCCCUCCCAUACGCUCCUCAGUUUGCGUGCUUCACCCCGCUGGCCUGCUCCUUCUUCCAGCUGCUCCUCGACCCUCGACCCCAGCUUCGUGGAAAGCCUGAGGAUGCGCUGAGCUACCUCGGAGGGGACUGGAUGAUGGAGAAGGAGAAGGUGAGGCUGGAGGAGGAGAGGAGGAAGAGCAGAGGGAAAGGAGCAAUCAGAAACAUGAAAGAGAUGGAGGGGAGAGGAGAGCGAUAAACAAAGACUGUUUAUUAAUAUGAGGAGGAAAGAGACAGCGUUGGUGAUCUGUCAACUUUAUGACAACAACAGACGUUAUCUCGAGGUUAUGUCGGGUUUAUUUUAUUAAACCUGUUAAGUACUGUUUUAGUUCAACAUAUAUUUUGUUGCUUUUCAAAAAAAAAAAAAAAAACAGUAAUAAGUACACUGUUGUUUAAAUCAAGCAAAAACCCUAAACAUCCUUUUGUUUGAGCUUGUGAAAGGUGAACAUCUGCUGCUUUUUUGUUUUUGACUACUACUGGUGAUAGCUAGUGGAAAAAUCACUUCCCACACAUUUAACCUCUUCAAACAUGAUGAGAGCAACUUUGGAAAAAUCCCCUGUUUUAAAGUGAAAACCACACAAUUUAUGAGAAGUCUGGUUUCAAUCUUGAGGAACUGUUGGACUGUGGGAGACUAACAGCUGUUUCAGUCAGGGUAUUAUUUGUUUUUGUCAAUCAAUUAGUUAAUUUAAUAUUUUUAUCAAUUAGAAUAUUAUUCUGAGCAAUUACUAAAUCUUAUAUAUCAGCUUGAUAAAGUAAUUCAAUAGGUGCAUUCCUGGAGAUUAUUUAUGUUUAGCGGUGCUGUAAUGCUAUCAUGUCCUUGAAAAAGACACCCUCUUCAGCACACUGUAUCUAUAUUUAGGUCUAGACUUUUGAAUGUUUAAUACGUCAUAGUAGGCUAUAAACUGUACAUAGACUGCAGCCGUGCCCAGUUCUACAGCCACAAACAUGACCUGUUUAAAUACAACCACAGUGGGUUCUUUGACUUGGCUUCAAAGGAGAGAAAGUGGCCUAAAAGACUCAAAAAAUAUGACUUCAAGUCAAGCAAAUGUCAGCCUUUCUGAAAGUAAAAGCUCACUAGUUAAAAAUAUUUCAGUUCCCUUGUGUAGCACUUUUCCUAUGUCAAAAUUUUAGCGGUUAGCAGCUAGCACUAGCUAACGUGGUGUUUUAGCAUAGCACUUAUCCUAAGCUGUUCACCGUUGCUGUAGCACUUUGUACAUCUUCUAUUGUUUUGUAUGGUUAAAUCAAACUUUAAUGUAUUAGAUUAUGAUGUAAUGUAUUCGAUAUUACAUGACAGUUAUACUGCCCUGCAAGGGUUAUUAACACAAUGUAAGUGUACAAUGUAAAAUACUAGUUAAUUUAUGUGACUGUACUACUAUACAGACAUGCAGUUUAUAAAAUAGAAUUUAAAUACAAUAAAAUGACUGUUUUUGUAAAA